UUUUUAUUAAGUGAAGAAUAGAAAGUUACCUUUUUUUUUUUCUUCAUUCUUUUUUUAUUAUUAUAUUUAUUAUUAUUAUUUUUUUUCCAUCAAACCCUUUAUUUUAUUAUCAUCCUUACAGUUUUACUUCAAAUUCACUUGGAUUCUUGAACUGAAACAUACACCAUGUCAAGUCAAACAAGAACUGUACGUCUUACUGUGAUUGCUGCUGAUGGUUUAAUUAAGAAAGAUCUUUUCUUUAAGUUGCCUGAUCCUUUCGCUGUGGUGACUGUGGAUGGUGAACAAACUCAUACAACAACUGUUAUGAAGAAAACUUUAAAUCCUUAUUGGAAUGAAAGUUUUGAUUUACAAGUCUCAAAUCAAAGUGUAAUUGCAGUACAAGUCUUUGAUCAAAAGAAAUUCAAAAAGAAGGAUCAAGGCUUUCUUGGUGUUAUUAAUGUUCAAGUCAGUUCUGUAUUUGAUCUUGAUGUUGGGGGUGAUGAAAUGCUUACACUGGAUUUGAAAAAGUCAAAUGGCAACGAAACUGUACAUGGCAAAUUGAUUCUGAAUAUAUCUACUAAUGUCAACGCUCCUAUUCGUAAUGGUACCAAUACCCUUGCUCCAGCAUCAAAUAAUAGUACCAACGUUUCAAGUUCAUCUUUAUCUCGUCAAGCCAAUGGAGAACCAUCUACUUCUUUUCCAGUUUCAUUGGAUACCACAGAAGCAGCCACAUCUUCUUCUUCAACCAAUACACCAACUCCACGAACAGAUGAAAGACAUGCUGAUUUACCGCCAGGUUGGGAAAGACGUGUAGAUCAUCUUGGUCGUCCCUAUUAUGUUGAUCACAAUAAUCGAACAACAACAUGGAAACCUCCAACAGCAAAUACAGUACAAGAUCAACAACAACAAACAGAAAGGGAACGACAACGACAUAAUGCACGAGGACUUCCAGAAGAACGAUCAAGUGCUGCUACCAGUGCCACCUCUCUUGACAAUCGACCUGCAUCUACUAUUUCUACAUCUGGUGCUUCUACAUCUACUGCACAACCUUCUGCUCCAACUUCCUCUCAUGCAUCAACGACUACACCAAGUGCACCCAAUGUUUUACCUGUUCAGAAUAAUAUGACUACUGCUGGAUCUGGUCCAUUACCAGCUGGUUGGGAAAUGCGAACUACCGCAGAAGGUCGUCCUUAUUUUGUUGAUCACAAUACUCGAACAACUACUUGGGUGGAUCCAAGACGACAACAAUAUAUUAGCACCAUUGGCCCUGGUUCCAACCUUCAAGUCCAAGUACAACCUGUAUCAUCAUUAGGUCCUUUACCUUCUGGAUGGGAAAUGCGUUUGACAUCUACUGGUCGUGUUUACUUUGUCGAUCACAAUACUAAAACAACUACAUGGGAUGAUCCUCGUUUACCAAGUAGCCUUGAUCAAAACGUACCUCAAUAUAAACGUGACUUCCGGCGUAAAUUGAUUUAUUUCCGAUCACAACCUUCUUUACGACCAGUACCUGGACAAUGUCAUAUCAAGGUUCGUCGUGAAAACAUUUUUGAAGAUGCCUAUGCUGAAGUAAUGCGUCAAGCUCCUGCAGAUCUCAAGAAACGACUCAUGAUCAAGUUUGAUGGUGAAGAUGGUUUAGAUUAUGGUGGUUUAUCAAGAGAGUUCUUCUUUUUACUUUCACAUGAAAUGUUCAAUCCCUUUUAUUGUUUAUUCGAAUAUUCUGCUCACGACAACUAUACAUUACAAAUCAAUCCUCAUUCUGGUAUUAAUCCUGAACAUUUGAAUUACUUUAAAUUUAUUGGUCGCGUGGUUGGUUUGGCUAUAUUCCAUCGUCGUUUCUUGGAUGCCUUCUUCAUUGUUUCUUUCUACAAGAUGAUUUUGAACAAACGUGUUACUGUGGCUGAUAUGGAAAGUGUGGAUGCCGAUUUCCAUCGAAGUUUGAUGUGGAUUCUUGACAAUGAUAUUACCGACGUACUUGAUCUUACCUUUUCUACAGAUGACGAUCGAUUUGGUGAAAUGGUGACAGUGGAUCUUAAACCUGGUGGUCGUGAUAUUGAAGUUACUGAAGAAAACAAGAAAGAAUAUGUCAAUUUGAUCACUGAAUGGCGUAUUUCAAAACGUGUGGAUGAACAAUUCCAAGCAUUCAAGGAAGGUUUCAAUCAACUUAUUCCUCAAGAUUUGAUCAAUGUGUUUGAUGAACGUGAAUUGGAACUAUUGAUUGGUGGUAUUGCCGAAAUCGAUGUCGACGAUUGGAAGAAGCACACCGAUUAUCGUGGAUAUACUGAACAAGAUGAUGUCAUCCAAUGGUUCUGGACUUGUGUACGCUCUUGGGAUAGUGAAAAGAAAUCUCGUUUAUUACAAUUCACUACUGGAACUUCUCGUAUUCCUGUCAAUGGAUUCAAAGAUUUACAAGGAAGUGAUGGUCCUAGACGAUUCACCAUUGAAAAAAGUGGAGAGGUUUCCCAACUUCCAAAGGCACAUACUUGUUUCAAUCGGAUAGAUAUGCCUCCUUAUCAAUCUUUCCAAAGUCUAGUAGCGAAAUUGACUCUUGCUGUGGAAGAAACAAUGGGCUUUGGUCAAGAAUAGAAAUAUUAUACAACUACUUUUUUUUUUCUUUUUUUGGUUUUACACAAUCUUCCCGUCAUACAACACCAAUAUGUUACCCUCAAACAAUUGACUCGAAUCUAUUUAGUAUAUUUUUUUUUUUUCAUUAUCAUAUAAUUCCCUUUUCCCCAUUUCUUUUUUUUUUUAUCUAGUAACAGUACCAUCUCUUUUUUUACCUUUAUUUUUCUCUCACACAUACUAUUCUUUUUUUUUUUUUUGAUUAUCCUGUUACUUACAUAUUCUUUAUCCCCCAUUGACAGUUGUACUUUCCCCCUUUUUAUUUUCUCUCUUUUAUUUGUCAAUUCGAUGAAAUAAAACAAGAUCAACAUUACUUUUUAACUUUUUUUUUUGUAGAUAUGUCUAUAUAGAAAAACAACAUGACCUAAUAAU